CUUUUUGUCCCUACAGCUCAAAUCGAAGUAAUACCUUGUAAAAUCUGUGGAGACAAAUCCUCAGGAAUUCACUAUGGAGUGAUCACGUGUGAGGGCUGUAAGGGAUUCUUCAGACGGAGUCAACAAAACAACACGUCUUACUCCUGUCCCCGGCAGAGAAACUGUCUUAUCGACAGAACCAACAGGAACCGCUGUCAACACUGUCGUCUGCAGAAAUGUCUGGCUUUAGGAAUGUCCAGAGACGCGGUGAAGUUUGGUCGUAUGUCAAAGAAGCAGCGGGACAGUUUGUACGCUGAGGUCCAGAAACAUCAGGCCCGACUGCAGGAGCAGCGACAGCAGCAGACUAGCGAUGCUGAAGCUCUGGCUCGAGUUUACUCUAUCAGUUUGACCAAUGGACUAUCUACACUAAACCAUGAGAUCGGUGAUACCUACGCCAAUGGACAUGUCAUCAGGCUGCCCAAAGGUGGCCACGUGAAUAGGGGAGGAGUGCCAGGGGGUUCCUAUGGGAUGGACUCUACUCAGGCAUCUCUGGACCAAUCGGGUCUGGAGAUGUCAGGUAUGAAGCACAUUAAACAGGAGCCAGUGUACGACCUGACGCCGGUUCCAAACCUCUUUAGCUAUGGAGGUUACCAGGACAGUCAGCGGGGAGGCAGUGGCGCCGGCAUGGGAGAGCUGGACCGAAUCGCUCAGAACAUCAUUAAGUCUCACUUGGAGACUUGUCAGUUCACGGCAGAGGAACUGCAGCAGCUCGUCUGGCAAACUCACUCCUAUGAAGAGGUCAAGAUGUACCAGAGUAAGCCUCGGGACGUGUUAUGGCAACAGUGUGCCAUCCAGAUCACACAUGCAAUCCAGCACGUGGUAGAGUUUGCCAAGAGAAUCUCAGGGUUCAUGGAACUGUGCCAGAAUGACCAGAUCUGGUUGAUUCUUCCAGGUUGUUUGGAGGUGGUCUUAGUGCGGAUGUGUCGGGCCUUUAAUCCACUUAACAACACAGUGCUGUUUGAGGGAAAGUAUGGAGGAAUGCAGAUGUUCAAAGCUCUAGGUUGUGAUGACUUGGUGAGUGAAGUCUUUGACUACACCAAGAGUAUGUGUUUGCUGCAACUAACAGAGGAAGAGAUCGCUCUCUUUUCAGCAGCUGUGCUCAUUUCCACAGAUCGCCCAUGGCUCAUGGAGCCUUGGAAAGUCCAGAAGCUCCAGGAGAAGAUCUAUUUUGCUCUGCAGCACAUCAUGCAGAAGAACCACAUGGAUGAAGAUUCUUUGGCUAAGCUGAUCAGCCGAAUCCCGAUGUUGUCUGCGCUGUGUACUCUUCACACUGAGAAGCUGCAGGCCUUUCAGCAGCUUCAUCCAGAAACGGUCAAUGUUCUCUUCCCACCACUGUACAAAGAACUGUUUAAUCCUGACCCCAACUCCACCAUGACCCUGGCCAAGUGACCCACAACCCCAACACCGCCACACCCCUGCCUAGAUGAGCCAGUGCUCCAACUUUGCUAUGACGGAGUGACAAACUGGCCCACAGACUUAUUUCCACCAUUACCUUUCCCAAGUGAUGCACACCCCCACUGCUUAGCAAAUGCAAAUGCUUCUUCAUGUGACCCAAUACAUAAAGGCUGCCAGCAGGGGGACCAAGUGACCCACAAUUCCAGCAAAGCCAUGACCCUGUAGAAGUGACCCACACAAGCCACACCAAUGCUGCCAUGACCCCGUUCAUGUGCCAACGUGACCAUGGAAACCAGACCACAAUUGUGUCUAAUGAUGGAUAAAUGCAACAGUAAGGACAUCAUGAUGGCGUUGGUGACGUCUACUGAGCUCCGUUAACCCUGUGUCAGGCAGUGAGGAUUUGUCUGAUGCAAAGUCAGUCACUGCCAACAAGACCAGGAAUGUCCAGCACUUAUUUCCACCUGUUUCACAGAUACAAGUGGAAGAAUGUAUAUAUAACAUUAUACAACACACACACACAGAAUUUAGACUCCGAACCACGACUUGAACUUCGGUUCUCACCUCGACUGACUAGAAAUGUACAGACUUUAAAAAAAACGUUUGACGCAUUCAAUCCUUUAUGGACAUAACAAUGAGGGAAGAUUAUUUGUUUUACUUUAGAAAUAACUUUUUAUUAAAACUGGAAAAAAUGUCUUGGGGGCGGGAACUGUUGUAGAUAGUCCUUUAGUACAGAGCAGAUUCCAGUAUUAAGUUAGUCUUAAUUUAAAUAUCCAGCUUAACUUUGUCCAGGUGUUCUUUUUAUUUAAAAAAAUAAUCAUUUAAUAGUUUGUGUACAGAAUUUCUAAAAUCAAAACAUUCUAAAUAAUUUGGGUUAGAGAGUGGGAUUUGGCUCGAUUGGGAGUUCUUACUCAAGCCUUGUCUGGAUUUUGUUUGUAUGGAGCCUGCAAUAAUCCCCACCCUCUGAACCUAGUUGUGAAUUUCUCAUUUAUUCUUUCAUGUUGGUGUGAUACUUGUAAGAAAAACAGAAUCUAAUUUUAAUUGUGACCAUCUUGAACCUGGUUAAAGUUUAUUUUAGCAUUAUUCACACUUUUUAUACUCACCCCUCAUUUUUCUAUUUGCACAAUCCAGUUUAUGGAUGUAGACUACUCUGGACUGAAAUUUUGAAGGAAGCAUUUUUAAAAGGCCUCGGAUGCUGACAUUACCACUACCGUCCAGAUAAGUGCAGCAUUUGAAAAAAAAAAACAAUGCACUAUAUUUAGAUUUUGUUAAUGACAGCAGCUACUGAACCUAGUCACAGUUGUACAAGUUGUGUAAGUGUAAGUAUAGACGGCGUAAACUUUGGAGUUUAUACAAAAGGGAGUGAUCUUGGUUCAUAUAACAGAUUAACUACUGGCCCACUGCUGCCUCAUGUGGUCACCUUGGUGUAUUUCUGUGGUCAGAUAUGAAACCACCUUGUGAGUUCAAUAACAGCCCAUAAAGACCAAGAAUUUCCCGUUAAAAAGCACUUAAAGUUAGGAAUUCUGCCCUGUGUAAAUUAACUUUGACGUAAAAUCGUUUUUUAAAUCAUAUUUUUCAACUCCAACACCAGACCUUAGGAAGGAAAAAGAGACAAUCACCUAAAA